AACGAGGAGAAAGCCAAAACAGACUAGUAGACACCCAAACCCGAGAAGAGAAGUGAGAACCCUCCCAAACAAGCCAAAGCCAGCAAAGCCAAAAGGAGGAAGACGCACCAGGACAUUGACGAGCCGCAGUCCGCGGCAGCAGGUCCAGCUUCAUCCCCCGGAGCCCCAGCACUGGGGUUGGCAGGCAGGCUCGCUCGCCACCGCCGCGUGAAGCGAAGCGCGCGCCCCCGCGGACGCUGACGCUGGGACCCGCCUGCUGGGGGCUGGGAGUGGGCCCGCCCCCCUGAUGGGCGCCUGCGCGCCGGCGGCGAGGGGAAGCGUGAGGACGAGGAGCGCCGGCGGGCUCCGCGCGAAGCAGGCCGGGCAAGCGAGCCACCGCGCCGCCUAGUGAGGGCGCUCGCCGCCCGUCUUUGCUUGUUGCCUUGUUGGGUUGCUCGCACGUCCUGUUCCAGUUCCAGGCCAGAGAGAGCGGGGCCCGGGGCUGCAGGCGGCGGCCCGCGGAGGAGCUAGGGUUCUCUCUCCCACUCCCCCCUGCGUCGCCAGGAUGGCGGUUGGGGACGCGCUGCGCCGGCUCUGCGAGGAGGUCGGCUGGUCCUACGCCGUCUUCUGGAAGGCCAUCGGCGCCGCCGACCCUGUGCAUUUGGUGUGGGAGGACGGUUCCUGCGGCCACGCCUCAUGCUAUACCGGAUCUGAUGCUCCUGAAGCUGGGUGUGAGCCGGGCACCAGUGUGUGCACGCUUGUUGGGAAGGUUAUGGCCUCACAAAUUCAUGUUAUUGGUGAAGGUACCAUUGGCCGUGCUGCUUUCACUGGAAAUCAUCAAUGGAUUGUCCAUGAUCCUGCCACUGCCAGUGAUCACAAUCUCAGACCGGAGGUUGUUGCUGAGAUGAAUCAUCAGUUUGCAGCUGGCAUUCAGACUAUUGCAAUUAUUCCCGUGUUACCACGAGGUGUACUGCAGCUAGGCGCUACAAGUGUGGUAGUGGAAAAUACCAACCUUGUGCUCCAGUAUAAGAAGCUGUGUUCUCAGCUGAACAAUCGGUCGAGUAUGGCUUCAUCGUCAUCUGUUAAAAACGAUUUGAACCCUAAAGUUCAGUCACACCCUUUGAAUGGUCCCACAAGUAUAUACCCUGCAGAUACGCGCUCAAAGUUUUUUAGUGGAUCCCCAAUGUCAUAUCAACAGUGUUAUGGUCCUGAUGGCACAACUGUGUCUAGUAGUAUAUUGACAAACAUGGGCAGUAAUGCUUCAAUGCUCAUGGUUGCACAGAGAAAUGCUCAAGUGGGUAAAGAACACAUUCUAUAUGCCCCUGACAUGAGGUUCAGACUGCAAAACCCUUACUGUGACAGGAGAGUUGAGAGUAACACCCAAAGUAGUGUUGUGAGCUCUGGUUUUAUCUCGUCGAUCUCAGCAUCAAUGGAAAGACAUCCAUGGAUGACCAACAGUCAACAGUUAGAACAAGGAAACACUGGAGAACCAUCAGAUCUCAGAAAUGUUCUCUUGAAAUCUCUUGCAUACCGUCACCCUUUGUUCAAUGACAACACAAACAUGGUUUUAGUGCAUGGCAAAGGCCAGGUGCCAGGUUUUGUUAAUGGUCAUGGGGGUUUUGAUUUUCUCCCAGAAGGUACUAUGGUAUUCAAGGGUAACCUGUAUGGCAGCACAGCAAAUCAAAUUUUAGACCAAAGAUGCAGUUCUACUUCUGAGAUGUCAGGGCACAGACCAACUAUUUCAUACAAAAUGCCCCAAUCUACCCAAUGUGUUAGGAAAACAGAGUCUCCAAAGAGAGAGACAUGCGAAACUUCUGCUGCUCUGUCAUCUGGCUCUGAUAUUCAGGUUUCUGGUGGCCUGAAAACAGUCAUUUCUCAAGAGAAUAAUAUGAGUAGCUCAGAUCUUAUUAGCCCAAAAAAACCCAAUGAAGUGCAUGCCCCUACUGGUGCAAUUGUUAAAGCUGUCAAGAAUAUGGAUAGCCGCAGGCUCCCAGACAUAUCUAAUGAGAGAUCACCUCCGCUUCGUAUGGAUGCUGCUGCAGAAAGUGAUUUGUUUGACAUGUUUGAUUCUGAAGUUCAUCAUUUGUGCCGCAAUGUGGAUAAUGAUCUUACCUGUAAAGCUGCAAAACCCGAGAAUUCAAAUAGAGAUGUACCUGAAUCCUCUGUUCGUCUUGGUUCCUCUUCAUCUUUCAAUUCAGUGGAUGACAAGUUCCCUUAUUCUGGGAUCUUCUCACUAACCGAUACCGACCAACUUUUGGAUGCGGUUGUCUCCAAUGUCAAUCCUGGUGGCAAGCAGAUCUCUGGUGACAGUACUUCUUGCAAGACUUCAGCGGCAGAUAUUCCUACCACUUCGUAUUGUCGCUUAAAAGAACCAAAGCAGUCCGAAUCAUCUUCACCUUUGCUAAUCAAGAAUGAGUUAGCCGUUUCAAAUUUUGUCAAACAGUCAUCUUUCCAAGAAAAGGCAGAGGAUGGCUGUCUUUCUCAAAAUAAUGCAAUACAGAAGUCUCAGAUACGCCUCUGGAUAGAGAACGGACAGAACAUGAAAUGUGAAAGUGCCUCAGCCUCAAACAGUAAGGGCGUUGAUAUGUCAAGCAAGGCAAGUCGAAAGAGGUCUCGACCAGGAGAGAAUCCUAAGCCACGACCAAAGGACCGCCAGCUUAUUCAGGAUCGUAUAAAGGAGCUCCGGGAACUCGUACCUAAUGGGGCAAAGUGUAGUAUUGAUGCAUUACUGGAGAAGACCAUUAAGCACAUGCUUUUCUUGCAAAGUGUGACAAAGCAUGCAGAUAACCUCAAGGACUCAAACAAAUCUGAUAUUCUUGGUGGUGAGAAUGGUCCACUCAAAGACUACUUCGAAGGUGGUGCAACUUGGGCCUUGGAUGUUGGUAGUCGAUCUAUGACGUGCCCAAUCAUUGUCGAGGAUCUCGAGCGGCCUCGUCAGAUGCUUGUGGAGAUGCUUUGUGAGGAUAGAGGUAUCUUCUUGGAGAUAGCUGACUUCAUUAAAGGACUAGGAUUAACCAUCUUAAGGGGCGUUAUGGAAGCACGCAAAAAUAAAAUCUGGGCACGGUUCACUGUUGAGGCCAACAGAAAUGUGACUAGAAUGGAAAUCUUCCUUUCCCUAAUGCGCAUGCUGGAACCGAGUUGUGGAGCAGGAGAGAAUUCUAAUAACAACAUAAAAAUGCCUCUUGGGAUUGUGCAGUAUCCCAUAAUCCCUGCGACAGGUCAUCUUAGGUGAGCCAGCCAGCACAAAGAUAACAGGAUGCAUCUUUGAAAUGCUAAGAGCGGGGGGAGGUCCACCCACUUCUGCCAUGACUAGCAUUGCCAACCCAGGACGAGCUGGAAUCUCGUGACAUGCGGUGCAUCGUCCCUGCAGUGUGCAUUCGGAAAGCCUAACAGUAGACGGGAACAUCGACAUGGAUAGUUGGUUCGCCGGAUGAUCGACGUUUUGACUGUAAUCUUAGUUUAUGUUUGUUGCUGAUGCUUUAGCCUUUUGUUAGUCUGCAUAUUAGUGAGUGAAUUUUGUUAUGUUCUGCUGCUGAAUGGAAAUUCUGAGUUGAAUUGUAGGCCUUGUUUUGGUA